CAAGAGUCUCCACACGUGCGGUUGUCCCAAUGGGUAUCGAUAGCUUUUUAAAAAUUUACGCGACCAAUUAAUUCAGCAAUGAAUAGUUUAGUGAAAAAUAACAGAAGUAACUCAGCUAAAGCUACAUUUGAUAAGCUUGCACCGGUGAAGGCAGAACCUCCCCAACAGCAGCAAAAUGCAUCGAAACAACCAUCCCAACUCAAGCGCACGGAGCGACCGUGGAAAUCGCGUCACGUCCGAACAUUUAUCCGGGAUUUCCAGGAAAUAAAACACAUUCCUUGGUACUGCUACGUAUGCCGAGCGAAUUGUAAGAACGAGGAUCUGUUCACCAGGCACCUGGAACAACACGGCAGUGAGUUCCGCUUCAUAAGACAAGUGGAUGAUAGCAUUCUCGAGGAAGCAAUGUUCCAAAUCCGGCUGGAUUACCGUCCGGAUUUCGCCAAGACGCUGGUGUACGUGAAGAACGUGUCGCCUCAUCCGGUCGUGCUGUUGACCAUGGCGUACCUCCACUUGCCCAAUGGUCAACUGAUGACUCUGUUCGAGAGUGAGACCCGCGUUCCGUGGGCUGCCAGUACAACGUUUUCGCUCAAUAGCAGUAUGCUGUCGGAAUUGGAACGGAAUUUUGCGUUGAUUCUGGUCGGGCGAACGAACUCGAAGACGGAAGUGCUGGAGCAGCAUUACGUUCAGGUUAGCGAACUGAGCCACUUUCUGAGGGAGCAGCUGGAAUUGAAGAAGCCUCCGAUUCGCUGCUCAGCGUUGAAUUGCUAUCCGGUUCCGCUGGUUAUCCGGGAGCUGCACAAGAGUAAUUUCUCUCCGAAUUCCAAGUCUGCUGGCGCUAAAUCUUUGCUGGAUCGGUUGGCGAAGUACAAGAACGAUGGUUUGAGCCCCGAUAAUUAUGUCGAGCACUUGAACCUGCUGAAUCAGAUCGAGGACUACCAUCUGCAGGUGGAGUAUUCAAAGUACAUAAUUAAGAAAGCCACCCUGGUGCCCGGAAUUUCGGAGAAGUUCUAUCGUUUGACGAUUGAUCAAUUCGCGGUCGCCCCAACCUUGCUGGACGAGGAGUGCGGAGUGAAAGUCAUCAUACCCAGUGAGUUUGAGCCGCGUUGCUUCCCGGGGACGAUUCACAAGAUCAAUGAGGAUUAUAUGGUUAUCCACAUGAAUUGUCCUCCGGAUCCGGCGCCUACCUACAUGGUUGUAUUCGAAUUGAACCGGCUGACGUUUCAGCUAGAAUACUUUGCACUGUCGCUGAUGGAUCCGGUUGGCAUCGAGAAGCUGCUGUUUCCAAAGCCACCGGUGGAAAAGAAAAUCAAAUACGACAGCUUCGAGUGGUUCAGCAAUUUCGUUGCGAAGAACGACGAACAGAUGUCUGCCGUCCGGAACAUAGUCAAUCGUACGGCAUUUCCAGCGCCGUAUAUUCUGUUCGGUCCACCCGGCACGGGUAAAACCUCGACGAUAGUGGAAGCAGUGAUUCAAAUCUGGAAACUGCAACCGACGGCUAACGUGCUGGUUUCGGCACCUUCGAACUUUGCCUGCGAGGAGUUUACCAAGCGUCUGCUGGAGUUCAUCCCAGCUACCGAUGUGUUCCGUUUCCUUUCGAAGUCUUGCGAAAAGAAUAUACUCAAUAUGGAUCAAGCCGUGGUCGAUAUUUCGAAUAUAUCAUCGGGAACGUAUGCAAUUCCCUCGUGGCACGAUGUCUACAAUAGUCGGAUUGUAGUGGCCACUACUACCAUGUGCGGCCGUUUGGCUCAGGCCAAAAUCGAUCCUCACCACUUUAAAUACAUAUUCAUCGAUGAAGCGGGAAGCAACAAAGAGGUAUCCGCCUUGGUUCCCAUCGCAGGAAUCGGCACCAAUGGGAAAGAAGUCACCGCGAGCGUAGUUCUUUCUGGCGAUCCCAAGCAGUUGGGACCGCUUGUUACGCAUAAAUACUUACACGGUACGGUCCAGGAGGUUUCGAUGCUGGAACGACUCAUGAAUUACUCCGUAUACGUUAAGGACCCCAAGACAAUGGAGUAUAACCCGUUUGUCAUCACAAAGCUGCUGAACAACUUCCGAUCCAACAAGUACAUCAUUGAGUUUUCGAGUUGUGCCUUCUACGGAGGCGUUCUGCGUCCACGCGGUCCUCCAUUUGCUACUGAUUGGGCGAUAGGUUGGCCUGUGCUGCCAAGGAAAAAGUGUCCCCUGUUUUUCCAUUCGACCCGCGGGAUAACCGAGAAGGAUGCCCAUUCAAGCAGUCUGUACAAUCGUCAGGAGGCAAACCAGGUCGUGUCCUACAUCAAAACCAUUCUCUCCGAGCAGAUCAAUGGUCGUUCUGUGGGACAGGCUGACAUCGGAGUUAUCUCGCCGUAUACCAAGCAGGUCCAGUAUAUUAAAGCACUCUGCAAGGACAACAACUGGGAUCAGGUGGAGGUUGGUUCCACCGAGCAGUUCCAGGGACGGGAGAAGCCGGUCAUACUGAUUUCGACGGUGCGAUCCGAAACGGCGACGGUUGGAUUCUUGAAGAACGAGAAGCGCUUGAACGUGGCUAUAACUCGGGCAAGAGCGCUGAUGAUCAUCGUCGGGAAUCCGGACACGCUGCAGCGGGAUGUGACCUGGUAUUCGAUGCUGAGAUUCUGCGUUGACUAUGGAGCGUUCACCGGAAGUGAGUUCAAACUGGUGCCUCCGUACAAGCAAGCGACGGGUGAAGACAAAGGGGAAGAUUGCUAAUUCAAUUUGAUUCAACCGGAUCUAGUUCCGGUAAGUAUUUCCUACAAGUUAUCUAAGUAUCAUUCAUUGGAUUAUGUUAGAACUGACGAUUCAAACUACCGUUCAAUCAUCGUCAGCAGUUGUCGAGCACAAAACGGCAUUUACUAUUCAUUUUUUUUUAAUAAUAUGAGCAGAGAAAAUCAAACCUAACUAUUUUUAGAAGCGAUUUGCUUUCUCGCAUACAAUUAUUGAAUUAUUCGCGAUUUGUUAUAAUUGAUAAUAUAA